ACUGAGCCGGUCCAUCUACAGUCGGUCUGCACUUUCUCUCUCCAGCUCGGAUUGUAACUUUUGGCCUCUAACGUACGGACCGACAGACUUCUUGCUUCUCUCUGCCACUGGUCAGGUCACUGAGCCGGAGGCAGUGACUAUCUCAAGUGGCACUUUUUUGUGCUCUGAUAGAAAAACCAGACCAGAGCACAGAUGACUUUAAAGCUGUGCAAUUUUUUCUCUUAAACGCCUCAAGGUGGUUAAAGAGGAGGGGAAAGGGUAAGGACUGCAAGAAUUCAUUGAAGUUUAAAAUUCAGCUGUACUUUGUUGAGUGUGACUACCAGCAAUAUUAUUACAACUAUUAUUAUUAUUACUACCACUACUAUUAUUACUACUAUUAUUAUUAUCAGUACUAUUACUCCAGGCUUUGUUAGAUAUUUGACUCUGCUGUUGUCAUGGUGAGGCACAAGAUGAAAGGACAAAAAGAAACCUGACAAACUGCUAGAAUAUGGCUGCAAGCCUUUUCAUUGGACUGGACGAUGAUGCUGUUUGCAGUCAGCUGGUUCAACCACAAAACAACAGCAGCUGCCAGUCAAAGGGUUAACCUGUCACAGACACCACCUCAUCAUAUGACUCUGUCCUGGCUCACAUAACAGCCGAGGGCUGCAGGCCCCAGCAUGGGCAACUCCUCAGGAAAAGGCGAGGGCGAGGAAGAAGAGGAAGGGGGCAAGGAUGGCGAGGAGGCAGAGACCAAAGAGGAGAAGAAGAAAGAGGAUGAGGUCGAGGUUGAGGAAGAGCUUCCUCUGGGUGUGGAGGAGCUGUUCGAGAGUGGAGAUCCUGUGCUGGACUUGAGCUACCGUAAAUUCAAGCGCUUGCCAUCACGUGUCUGUGGACUGGCGCACCUCGAGAAGCUGUAUGUUUGUGGGAACAGGUUGCGCACACUACCAAGCGGCAUCUCCGAACUGCAUGGUCUGCGCAUACUGGCUCUGGACUUCAACAAGAUGGAGGAUGUCCCUGAGGCCAUCUGCCAGCUUACUAACCUCACUCGACUCUACCUGGGCAGCAACCGGCUGAUGAGCCUUCCACCUGAGCUUAGGAACCUGCAGAGCUUGCGCUGCUUGUGGGUGGAGAGCAACUACUUUCAGAGAUUUCCACAGGAGCUCUAUGACCUACCCAACCUCAAGUCCCUCCAGAUUGGGGACAACCGGAUGAAGACGCUGCCACCUGACCUGCCACGUAUGGAAGCUUUAAGGGGAUUAUGGCUCUAUGGGAACCGCUUUGAUACAUUUCCCAAAGUCCUGCUGCACAUGAAAAACUUAGAGAUCUUAGAUCUUGACCGGAACAAAAUAACAGAGUUUCCCAGCCUGAAGCGCCUCAAAGCUUUGCGCUUGUUCUCCUACGACCAUAACCCAGUCAAGGAGCCACCUAAAGUGGGAGAGGAGGUGCUGGUAGUCGGGGAAGGAGCUGCAGAAUUCUUGGAGGCACGUGAGGCCAGAAGGGAGAGGCUAAGAAAGGCCGCAGAGAAAGAGGCAGAGGAGUUGGCUCUGGCAGGCGAGGAGCCGGUGAUUCAUGGCAUCUUGAAGAACAGCAGCUCAAAACAGGCAACAAGUGAAGUGACAAGUGAGGAUGCUGAUGCUAAGGAGGAAGAGCUCCUGGUUAACGAGGAGGAAGGGGAGGACGGGGAAGGGGAGCUGCCUUUCACAGAGUAUGAUGAAGCUGAGCUUGAAUAUGAUGAAGAGGGUGUUGAAUACGAAACAGAGGAGCUCAUAUGUGAAGGAGAGGGAUUUGAGUAUGAGGGUGAGGAGCUGGAGUAUGAAAGGUCUCAGAUGGACUAUGAGUAUGAAGAAGGGGAGACAAGCUGAGGGGGCAUUAAAAACCCCUCAUACAUCUGACUGAUCUGCUGGCAGGUGCAGGUGGAUGGCAGAAAGUCCACAUAUGAAGUUUGUUUUGUUUUUUAUGAAGCAAGGACUUUCCUUGCAGUGCUGCUAUAUAAAUAUUUUUAACUGUGAAAAUAAAGUUGGGCAUUAUGAUCCUCGAAAACCAACAAACGGCACCUGUGACAUCUCAAUCAGCUGAAAAUAACCAAAUCAGAGCAGGACUCAGAUAAAGUGAGUGUGUUGUUAAAUAGUGUGCAUGGCUAACUCAGUCUUUAAGUUUGCUUAUUGAGUGUACACAGAGAAAGACUUCCACUAUUAAAUAUUAACUACUUUGA